CACGAGCAAAAAGCGCGGCGGGAGGAUGGCAGAGAGAGGAAGAGGAGGGCUGCAGCAUGAACAAGUGAGUGAGCGAGACCAAGGCAGUGAGAGAAAGAGAGCGAGCACUCUGAAUUGUGAGUGGCUUACGACACUCAGUGAACAGAAGGUGCUUCUGCAUGCGCUGUCAGUGUACCGGUCUCCUGUCUGGGAUUGCGUGCUCCUUUGCGUCUCUCAUUUACCGCCCCUGCCUGCCUACAAGCUUCAGCCUUCAGCAGCCUCUUCCAGCUGGCUGAGAAAACACCCGGACGCCGAGGGAGGGAACCAAAUCAUCGAGCCAUAGGGGGACGCGAGAGGCUUCUUAACAAAGAUCAACCACUGAGAUGACAGGGAUACUGUUACACAAGAAAGCAGAGAACGAGCUCCACCGCUAUCACUCUCUCUUUUUUUUUCAGUCAUCUCUCACUGAACGCAUGAUUACCCGCUUGAAUGGAUUUAAACCCUACCAGGUAGUGACUGCAUCCAGAAAUGACCGAUAAUUUAUGUUGACAGAUCUGCUGAAACUUAAGCAGAAAGCAGAGGAGAAAAGAGCAAGACGGCGAUUUCAAGACGUUUUUCCCAUGGCCACUUUUUUUCCUCCCAGUCGAUGGUUAAGCGUUCUCCCCUCUGAUCAUUGCAGCAGAGGACUGCGGAGGAGCUGAAGAGACAGAGCUCAUGCAUGCAGACAGGGGAACUUGCACUUCCUACCAUCUCGCUGAAAGCUACUUGGAUUCAUUCUCUUUCUGGCUCUUUCACUUGAGGAGAACUAAGACAUUGUACGCCUGCCAAGGAUCUGGUAUCCACUGAAAAGAGAGAAGGGAGGGGGGAGAAUUUGUACCACAGUAGGGUCUUUUUUAGAUCGCCACAUAAUUAGUGUUGGGGCACAAAGCGAGACGGUGAAUGGUGAUUGUCAGCUUUCUGAUAGGGGUGAGGAGGAAUCUUGUCAAAUAAAAAGGAUCGAUGAAGAUAAGUUUUUUCAUCAUCCCUUCUACCCUUCACCCACUGCGUAAUAUGUAACACAAGGAAAGAGAUUUCAUUCUUUUGUAUAUUUGACAAUUCAACAUGUUUAUUAAAUAGAAAAAAAAAUCUUUCACCAUCUGCAGCUAAAAUCGCAGACAAAAACAGACACCCAAAUUAAUAAAUGAUGAUAACUAUAACGUGAUACGUACCAAUAUAUAAAUACACCAACAUAUAUAUAUAUAUAUAUACAGUUAUACCUUAUCAAUAAUAAUAUUCAGAGUGGUUCAAUGGACAUUUUCUCAGAGACAUUUCCAGAUAUUUAUGCUAAUGGAUUUCCUUCUAAUUGGACUGUACUUAAAGUGGCCACUGAAGAAACCCCCUGGGUUGAUAUUGUGUUCAGUGAGCAUUUUUUUAAGAACAAUUUCCUUGGUCGAUGGUGUUUGUCCAAGGCUGUGCCGCUGCGACAGCAAGCUGCUGUACUGCGAGGGACUCAACCUCACAGACGUCCCCCACAAUCUGAGCAGUGCCAUGGGACUGUCCAUGAGAGAGAACAACUUGACUGAGUUGCGUGAAGGCCAACUGGCUGGUCUGUCACAGCUCACCUGGCUCUACCUUGAUCACAACAACAUUGACAUAGUGGAAGAGGGUGCAUUUGACAGGCUAAGACGGGUCAAGGAGUUAGACCUAAGCAGUAAUCGAAUUGAAAGUCUGCCAAACGGUACCUUCAGGCCCCUCCCAAACCUGCGCAUUUUGGACCUUUCAUACAACAGGCUACAGGCAUUAGAGCCUGACCUGUUCCACGGCCUUAGAAAGCUCACCAAUUUGCACUUGCGCUAUAAUGCUAUCAAAUUUGUGCCAGUGCGGAUUUUUCAGGACUGUCGGAGCAUGCAGUUUCUGGAUUUGGGAUACAACCAACUGCAGAGCUUGGCACGAAACUCAUUUGCUGGCCUCUUCAAGUUGACCGAGUUGCAUCUUGAGCACAAUGAGCUGGUUAAAGUAAACCUAGCCCACUUCCCUCGCCUAAUCUCUUUACGUACUCUGUACAUGCACAACAAUCAUGCCACCAUUGUUGUCAAUACCUUGGAGUGGACAUGGCACUUUCUGGAAAAGAUUGAUCUGUCAGCAAAUCAAAUUGAGUACAUUGAACCACAUGUUUUUGAGAGUGUACCCAACCUCAAGGCUUUGAUGCUCGACUCCAAUCGGUUGACCUAUGUGGACCAACACAUCCUAGAUUCCUGGUCAUCUCUGGACAGCAUUACCUUGGCAGGGAAUGACUGGGAAUGCAGUCGCAAUGUGUGUGCCUUGGCCUCUUGGCUGGGUGCCUUCCAUGGCCAACGUGACAGUUCUCUGUUGUGUUCAAGCCCUGACACAGCACAAGGUGAGGAUGUGUUAGAUGCUGUGUAUGCUUUCCAGCUAUGUGAGGAUCCCCCACUGGAGGUAACGACAGCAGGCCUCUUUGUCUCUACCAGGGAUCUGGCCCAGGGUGGCUCUGCAUUCCUGGGGCCAUUUACUCCAAAUCCUUAUGAUGGUGAAGGUAGCGAAGUGAUCACCAGUUCCUUCACUGUUACAGUGGGCCAUGAUGACCUGGAGAGCACCAUGCAGAUUCACAAAGUGGUUACUGGCACCAUGGCACUCAUUUUUUCCUUCCUGAUCAUAGUGCUUAUGCUAUACGUGGCAUGGAAGUGCUUUCCAGCUGGAAUACGACAAGUGAGGCAGCGCUUCAACAGUCAGCGCCGCAAGCAGAAGCAGAAGCAAAGUAUGCAGCAGAUGGCUGCAAUUUCUACACCAGAGUACUAUGUUGACUAUAAACCGAACCACAUUGAGGGAGCUCUUGUAAUCAUCAAUGAAUAUGGUUCUUGCACUUGUCAGCAGCAACCAUCUCGGGAGUGCGAAGUGUGAUCUUGUUUGUGAGUACUUCUUUACCUGUGAUUAUCUGGAUAUACAGUAAGAACCCUUUUUUGGAUACAAGGGGGAGGGGAAUAUUUUGGGACAUAUGGAAUAAGGGAAUCCUUUGGACUUUUUUUUUUUAAACAGCAUCUCACUGUGAUGUGGAAGUAUUGAGCUUUAUGCGGCUGACUAUUUCGUGGUGGAUUUGCUACUGCUGCUAUGAGGUCGGAAGGCAUCAUGGGCAACUGGCCUUUGAACCUGUUGAUGAUCUGCAGAGGCAGAGAGGAAUACAUUGAGUGCAAAGAGGUUUCUCCUCUCAUCAAUGAUGGAUAUUUGAGCUUUAAUGCGCAUUUCUAUUUCAGGAGACUUGAUUAUCAUUUAAAAAUAAGUGGACACAAAAAAAGAAAAAAAGAAGAAACCAUUUGUAUUAUGAUAAACACAAUACUAUUUGGCCGGCAUUUAAAAUGUAAAAAUAAAAUAAAAUAAAAUAAAAAGAUAAAUAAAUAAAAUGUUUAGGUUGGAUUCAAGAUGUAAAGAUACAAGUUUCUGUAAAAUAUAUUAAAAGAAAAAGUGCAAGUGUGGACAACAAAGGUACAAGAUAAUCUAUUUCUUUUGUAAACUACAAAAAAAAAAGUUCAAAUAAACAAAUUGAUAUUCACAGUGAACAUUUGUACGUGAGUAGCCUGUCAGAGAGGAAUGAAUGACAACAGAUGCAGGCACUGCACUCGUUGACUGGAGACCAUCGUCUCUGCAAUAUGUCAAACCAAAAAAAAAAAAA